AUGUCUCUUGAGUCUAACAUCAUAUCCACGGGGCCCGAUCCUCCAGGAAUAAACUAUCCCGUCUCCGCCAAUGCAAUCACUCUCCCGAUUUUCUCUAUAAUCUUCAUAUUCCUCCUCCUUGUCCCCUUCCGUCUCCUCUACCGCGUCAACAAUAUCGCCGCCUGCUCGCUCGUUAUAAUAAACAUCAUAUCUCUCCUCUUCGUCGCCACAAACACCCUAAUAUGGCCCACGGAUUCUCUCUCCAACCGCUGGUCCGGCCAUAUCCUCUGCGAUAUUCAAGUUCUCAUCCGUCAAGCUCUCUACACAGCAAUGACCUCAACAACAUGUUGCAUCAGCAUGUUUCUAGCCCGAGCUGUCGAUACGGAUAAUGCAUUAAUCUACCGGCUCCGUCGUCACCGUUCAAACUUCGCCAGUACAUUGUCCUCCUCAAGCUCAGGCCUCAGUCCUCGACGCUUCUUCAAACUCUUCUCUAUGUCCCUCAUAGUUUUAGGUGUUUAUUUUCCCGUUGUACUAUGGUACUUCUAUCUCAACGUCAGCUGGCCCCUUCAUGCAUAUUCCUGGUCUCAAGUCCACGAUCCACUGUUUUGGCAUUUCAUCGUCUUUUGGCGCCUCGAGGAUGCACCAGCGGGUAUGGAAUAUGAUGCGUGGAAUUGGGUGUCACUUGCCUUUAUGAUUGUUGUGUUUUGGGGGUGUAAUAGUGAGGGAGUAGAGGUCUAUAGGAGAGGCGCGAUUAGAUUGGGAUUUGCGAGAUUUUGGCCCAGAUUGAGGAUGACGUUGCAUGAGAGGAGGAUUGAGAAGAUGAAGAGGGAUAGUAGGAGCGGAUUGAGUGGUACGGGUACAGUAGGGAGUUGGAAGGGAAAAUUCGAUUUGAUCAGUAGGACGGUGAAUUAUUUUGAGGGUCAGGAGGAGAAGAGUAGAAAACAUAGUGUGGGGACGACUACUACUUUGGGUGAUGAUAUAACUCACAUUUCAACCCAUAAACCAUCCCACCAAACCCAAAUCUCUACCUCCACCACCACAAACUCAACCUACAACUCCCGCAACGCAACUAUCUACAAUUCCAAUUCCACCACGUACAUAACAUCUAAAGCCACAGACACGCCAAGUAUCAUCGAUCACGACAUUUCAUUCUCCUCAUCAGCUCCUACAUGUGCGGGUCAAGAUGUCAUUUCACCUUUUCCACGAACUCUUUCCCCGAAUAAUGUAUACUCGCAUGUUCCUGAAGCGACUGGUGCUAGGAAAAUUACGGCGCCUCCACCUACUUCUAGGGGUAUGUGGGGAAUGUUUAGAACGAAUUUGAAUCCACUUCCUCUACAUGCCUUUCCUACUCAUGGAAAGGCAUCUGAGGGUUUAUGUUCUUUACCACAUCAUUCGAAAUCGAAUUCUGCCUCACACUCUAAGAAGCAACAGCCUCUCAGUACCGCACAUGAGAAAAGUACCACACAUGAGAAAAGUACCACACCUGAUGAGCACUUUGCAAAUACGAACAAUGCAGCAACAUUAACAACGCAAAUCUGGUCCUCGGUAAAUAAUACUCAUGAUGUAACUUUACAUAAAGGUUCAAAUGCAGGUUUAAUUGUAUCUGGAAAUCAAAAUGCGGCUAUAAAUAAUCACGGAAAAGAGGAGAAAUAUGAUCAAGACGACAUUCUUGCAUCUCCAAAACCAGGAACUAGAGCUUAUAGAGAAAGAGAAAGGAAGAGGUUGGAGAAGGAGAGUAUGGAUGAUGGAUAUGGAGCAGCGAAGGAGAAUGGAGAGGGUUUGAAUGUGAAAAGAACAUUUGAGCUUGUGGAGGAAAGAGAUAUUGGUCGUGCGAGUAGUUCUUAA